AUGACUACAAAUUCAUAUUAAAUUGAUGCUCCCUACUUGGGGCUUCAAAACAUAGGUGCCACUUGUUAUAUGAAUUCUGUCCUACAGACUUUGUUCAUGACUCCUGAAUUUCGCAGAGGAUUGUAUUUGUGGAAGUACGAGCACUCAAUACACGGGGAAGAGAUUGAUUCGAUACCAUUUCAACUUCAAAAGCUCUAUGGGAGACUCCAAACCAAAAUAUUUGAGUACAUUGAUACGAGGGAUCUGACCAAAUCAUUUUAAUGGGACAUCCAUUAGGCCUUUUAGUAGCACGACAUCCAGGAGUUUAUUCGUAUUCUCUUUGACGCAAUAGAGUAGAGCGAUCAGAAUUGUAACUUUGUAAAGGAACUGUACGAAGGCGCAUAUCUUCAUUAUACGAAAUGCUUGAAAUGCAAUUACGAAAGCCAGAGACAAGAAAUCUUUAUGGAUUACACAGUGAUUCUGAAGGAUAAAUGGAGUAAGGUGUACAAUAACAGUCUGGAAUUGGCCAUCCAAAGAAGUCUGAAACCGGAGAAAUUGGAAGGCAAUAAUUAAUAUUUCUGUGAAUCAUGUUAAGCCAAACAAGAUGCUCACAGAGGACAAUUAAUUUAUAAAUUGCCAUCAAUACUGAAUGUGCACAUCAAUCGUUUCGCAUUCGAUUAUGUAAUGAUGAGAAGGGAGAAGUUGGAUGACAAAAUGGCAUUCCCCUUUGUUCUCAAUAUGAAUAAUUACAGCAGAACUUACGAUGAAAUCCCAAACAAACUCUCCGAAGAAGCAGAUCCAUCCUACUUUGAGGAAUUGGUGUAACCAAAGAAAUAAUAGUUCAAAACAACCGCCACUAGUAAAGUGUAACCAUCUGCACAGACAACCAAGGCAACUAAAGUGGUUAGACCCAAUUAAGGAUUAAAAGAUUUCAUCAAACAAUAGAAGAAAGUAGCAAAACAAUAGGGUAAUGUUGACAUCAUCGAUUCAUUUGGAAACAUGCAAGAGGAUGAAUAGAUUCAACAAAUCAUUCAUUAACAAAUCUAAGAAGAUAUCAAACAAAUUUAAUAAUAAACUAAGCCUGCUGAAACUAGUAUUCCUCCACCUCCUCCCUUACCAGUCUUUGAUCAUGAUCUGGAGUAUUAGGAUGCACCCAAAGUUUAAUCUAACAAUUAGAAACAAGAGGGCUAAAUCUAGGAGGAGUUAUAAUAGAAGAGUAAGGAGGAAGAAAAAGACAAAUAGCAAUAAUAACCUAUUUUGGAUACCACAGAAGAGAGGAAGAAAUAUGCUGAAUUAGUUAAGAAGAAAUGUUAAGAAUCAAUUUUAGAAUAAGAUAAUCAAAUUAGACAAUAUUUGAAGGAUGGUCCACAUGUUUAUUAGUUAUACUCUAUUCUCAAUCAUUCAGGUGGUGCUAUGGGUGGUCAUUAUUUUGCUUAUAUCCGUUCCCAUGAAGAUGGACAAUGGUAUUGCUUUAAUGAUAGUUCAGUCACUUACAUUAACCCAGAUGAUAUUCCAGUGAAAACAUUUGGAGGUCAUUCUGGUGGAAGUGCCUAUAUGUUAUUUUACAGGAAGGUUGAACCGAAUCAAGAAUCUUGGGGUACUUGGGGUGGAUAAUUCCAAGAGAAUGAAUUACCUGAGUAUGUUCAAUUAAAAUUACAAGAAGAAAGAAUCAAAUUAGAAGAAUUCAGAUAGCAAGGAGGAUAAGCAGAGGAUCUAUUGGCACUCCAGAAACCUAUCACUGUUAAGGCUCAUUAUAAAUUAGAGGUCAAGACAUUUACUCUUGAAAAUAGCACAAGCUUUCUUAAUUUCAGAUAAUUAGUACUUGACCAUUUCCAAAUUAAAGAUAGAGAUAACUGUAGAAUCAGAAUUUAUAAUCCAUAUACUGAUUAAUUUUAAGACACUUUUGAGGGCAAAGAAAUGAGAUCCUUAGCAGCACUCAAAUUGUAGAAUAAAUGCAUAUCUAUUGAAUUCAAAUAGCCAGGUGAAGAAUGGAAGCCAUAUAAUGAAUAGGCUGUCACAUUCAGAGUGGCUCUUUUUAGAGAAAAUCUAGAAGCACUAGAUGAAAAAACAUUAUAACCCAAAAAAGUAACAGUAAACAAAAAUGAUUUUGUGCAUGAAUUAGUUGAAGCUGCAAAGAAAGCCUAUAAUUUAGAAGGAGAAUUUUAAUUAUUGAAAAGAAAUGGCGAAUUUGGAGAAAUCUUGAGUUCAGAUAAACCCAUUGAUGGAUAUUAUGAUAAUAGUUUCUUCUAUCUUGAACCUAAAACUGAAAAUAGUAAUUGGCUUAAGGAAUUCGAAAUAGAUGAACAUAGAAUCACUAUCAAAUUCAAUGACCCUACUAAAACUGUUUAAGCUUCUAUAUAAGAAGGGCAGCCAGAGGAUUUAUAUCCCCUUGUUUGCACAAUCGAUAACAGAGCUACAAUGAUGGAAAUGAAGGAGAAGAUCUGUUAACAAUUAGGAAUUUCCCCUAAAAAUUUGAUCUUGAGAAGAGGUGGAAGAGCUGGAUUAGAGUUGAAAGAUUUGACGAUUGAAGUUGGACUCAACCAUUUUGUCAAAGGGUCUUCUAUCCAUUUAGACUUAGGAACUCCCUUAAACUUAGGAGAAUAUAGAUGCAUAAUCUCAAUUGCAUCUGCUCCGAAUCUCUAUGAAGAUAGGAAUUUCUAUCAAUUUUAAGAAUUAGGUGAGUACUCCAUUCCAGGAGAUAAACCUAUCAGUCAAUUCAUAAAUGAUUUGGCUAUUUGGGCAUCUGAGAAGAGUGGAAUCCCACUAGAUCCUAAACACAUUAGACUUAGAGAAAGGAUAGCAGAUCGUUUGAAUAAAGUGUAUAGAGAUAAACCAUUGAAAGAGUAAGGAAUUGUAGAGAUGAGAAUGAUAGCAAUUGAACAAUUGUAAGAUGAGUGGUAGCAUUUGACAUCUAAAGAUGUAUUUAUUCAUGCCAGAUUCUGGGAUUAAGAGAAGUGGGAUCUUUCAGAAAGAUACGAAUUUGUUGUUAGCAGAAACUAGAGUGGUGCUGACUUGGCAGAAUAAUUUAGUUAAGUGUUUGGAAUUACAGCUGAAAAUAUAGAAGUAUGCAGAAUAAUUGCUGUUCAUAGAUUCAAUAGAUAUGAGUUAUUAAAUGAAGAAUGGAUUCCAUUAAAGAAUGAUGAUUAUCUAUUGGGAUCAUAGCCACUAUUUAUAACAAAUGAUGGACAAAUGAUCAUCCUGAGAGAUUCAACUUAACAACCCAGAGAAUUGACAAAUGAAGAAAUUAAACAAUUUGGAAUAAUACAAUCAAAUUAUACUAAAUCAAUCAAGACUGGAGUAUCAAGAGGUCCAGUUAAGACAAGAUUUUUCAAUGAAGAAAAGGCUUUGGUGAUUACUGUUAAAAAGAAGGCUGAAGAUAUUAAGCCAGAGGCAUGA